CAAGCCGUCGAAGAGUGCUUCGAUCCGAACAAAUGCCCAUUAAGUGUACCUGAAUUGAGUGCAAAAGCAUGGGACGAAAAAGGCCUCUACGCAGAUUGUCCGCUUUGUAUAAAGUUGUUGGGUGCGGUCGUUUCAUCCACUCUGAAGGCACCACUAAAAGAGCAACAAUGUAUUCGGCGUGAGGUUGGUAAAGCAGUAGUUCGCGAAAGUCAACAGUGUUUGCAAUCGAAAAAUAUCGACUUCCAUAUUCCACCGACUCCGCCGGAUCUUGAGGAAUCCUCAUCGGCAUUCCUUGAUAAUGUAGCCACUGCAAUCUCAGACUAUGUUCACAUACACAACAAACUUUAUUCAUGUGGUCUCGAAAGCAAAUCCACUGCAAGCAAAACAGUCAAGUGCUUGAGGAAACCGUUCCCGAGAUAUUUACCUACUCACUGUGAAGCACUCCAUCAGUGUGAUCAACAAGUUCCAUCAUCGUGCACAGCUUCGAUUAAUAUUGUCAAAAAAUCGAUGUGCGCUUGUCUUCACAAUGUACGACAUGAAGUGGUGAAGCGUUUUGAGACGUUGGAUAGUGUCAUUCGACAGAUUCAAAUCUUUAGAUUCAACUUUCAAGACAAUGCGGAAAUAAAUCAAUUGCAGCUGGUCAUCAAUGCUCAUAAUGGCCCAGCGUUUGGUCCCGGCAGUAGUUUGGAUACUUGCGCGGCAAGCAUAAAAGGUCAUAUGUCAACAACGGUGAAUAAUUGGUUCGCGGUAAUCGAUCAAGCACUCGAGCUUUGCAUUCAGACUAAGCCACUUCAGGGUCUUCUUACAAUGGAUUCAUUGGUGACUUUAGGAUGCAAAACGAUUCUGAAACAUCGAAAUGAGCAAUCAAAAACGGAACUGAUUCGUGCAUUUGUGAUGGUUGGUAAUUACGUUGACGCACUCAGCGAUCGCUCAAGUCGUUUCUGUGGUCCACAUUGCUAG